GGCUCCCUAAGGAGCCCAGCCCCGCGGUCGCGUCCCCUCACGGAAACCUUCCCCCGAGCAUGGCGGGGCCGGCUGAGGAUCGGUACCGGCCGGCGGUGCCUCCCCGAGCCGCCUGCGCCUACACCGGCUGCUACUGUGAGGAAAACGUGUGGAAGCUGUGUGACUACAUCAGGGGUCAGGGCGAGUAUCCUUUGGAGGAGUUCUACGCGGUUUUCAUAUCCAACGAGAGGAGGAUGAUCCCACUCUGGAAACAGAAGUCAGGGCAUGGAGAUGAACCUGUCGUCUGGGACUACCACGUUAUCCUGCUUCAUGUUUCCAGCGGGGAGCAGAACUUCAUUUAUGAUCUUGACACAGUGCUGCCAUUCCCGUGUCCUUUUGACGUGUACAGCAUGGAGGCCUUUAGGCUGGAUGACAGCCUUCACCCCGAAUUUCACAGGAAAAUCCGAAUGAUACGAGCAGAUUUGUACCUGAAGACGUUUGCUUCAGACAGAUCUCACAUGAAAGAUGCAAAUGGGGAAUGGCAGAAACCUCCUCCCUCGUACCCCUGCAUUGAAACAGCAGACACCUGGAAGGCUCCGAGUGCAUCUGUGGUGACGUGCUGUCAUCUGGGCAGUCACCUGAGUGUUGCAGAGGAAGACUCCAAGAUGAACUUGGAUGAUUUCAUCAGUAUGAAUCCCAAAGUGGGCUGGGGCUCAGUGCUCCCCUUAUCGGACUUUGUGCGUCGGUUUGGCAGGCAGACUAAUUACAGCUACUCCUUGAAAGGACAGUGAAGUAAACAACGAAGUUCGUUCUGCUGCAGUUUUCAGUCGGUUUGUUUUGUUUUGCUGCUCUUACGUUGUAUUUAUGAAUGGUUUACAUUUCUUUAUAUGGAAUAAACAUUUGGGUAAAUAGAAUACCCGACGUACCCUGAACUGAAUAAAGUCUUUUAUUUUUAUUA